AUGGCACCUAUAGCUCCCCAAACCGUCGAUAUCAUCUUCGCCGGCGGCGGCACAGCUGCCUGUGUCUGCGCUGGUCGUCUGGCCAAGGCAAAUCCAGAUCUGCGAAUCUUACUUGUCGAAGGCGGCAAGAACAAUUUCCAAGAUCCAAGUGUUACUACUCCGGCUGUUUAUUUAUCUCAUUUGGCUCCGGAAAGUAAGACUGCUUUGUUUUACAAAGGUCAACCUUCCCAGCACCUCAACAAUCGCUCCCCAAUUGUUCCAGCCGGCGGUCUCCUCGGUGGCGGCUCAUCUAUAAAUUUCAUGAUGUACACGCGAGCCCAAUCUAUCGAUUUCGAUUCUUGGGAUACAGAAGGAUGGACCGGAAAAGACAUGCUCGAAAUGUGUAAGAAAUUGGAAACAUUUCAUCCUACUGGAAAGGGAUUUGACAAAGAGAAACAUGGAAACGAUGGACCUGUCAAUGUGAGUGAUGGUGGGUAUAAGGGAAAGAGUAUGGAUACCUUUAUGGAAACGAUAAAGGGAAUGGGAUAUAGAGAGAUUGUAGAUUUGCAGGAUGGAGAGGAGUGUGGAGGGUUUAGUAGAUGGCAACGCUACGUCUCUCCAGACGGCAAACGCCAAGACGCAGCACACACUUAUAUUCAUCCACUCCUCCAAUCAUCUUCAUACCCAAAUCUUAAGAUCCUCCCCGAAUCGAAAGUCGUACGUGUGCUUUUCGAUUCCUCUACGCCUCCUCGCGCAACAGGUAUAGAGUAUAUACCCAAUGAGGACCAUCAACCCUUUGUUGCACUUAGUAAAGCGAUUCCACACACAAUCAGAGCAGAGAAAUUGGUGGUUGUGAGUGCAGGAGCUUUGGGGACACCGCAGGUCUUGGAGAGAAGUGGGGUAGGCAGGAGAGAGGUGCUUGAGAGAUGCGGAGUAGAGGUUGUUAAUGAAUUAGAUGGGGUGGGCGAGUCGUAUCAAGAUCAUCAUUUACUUUUGUACCCCUACAAAACAUCACUGGAUGAUUCUGAAACCAUCGAUAAUAUCUUGAGCGGAAGGAAAGACUUCGUCAAAUCACUUGGAGCCAAAGAUCCUCAAUUGGGCUGGAAUGCAGUUGACGUAUGCAGCAAACUCCGUCCCACUACCUCCGAAGUCGAAGCUCUCGGUACCGACUUCGUCUCAGACUGGGACCGAGAUUUCGCUCCCUAUCCCACAAAACCUCUCAUGCUCUGCGGCGUCGUGAAUGCCUUUCUAGCAGAUCCAACGCUUGUCGAUCCAGGCCAAUACAUAACCAUGGGCACAUACACUGCCUACCCCUAUUCACGUGGUUCCAUACACAUCACGUCUUCUACCGACGUACAGAAUGGCUAUGAAUUUGACGCAGGCUUUUUAAGUCAUCCAAGUGAUUUGAAGAAACAGCUUUGGGCAUAUAAAAUGCAACGAGAAAUAUGUAGACGACUUCCCUAUUACCGUGGGGAAUUAGAAUUGGGACAUCCAAAAUUUGGAAAGAAAUCUGCUGCAGCAUUAUCUAAUGGGGCACUUGAGGGAGAAAUAAAGGAUAUCGAAUAUAGUGCCGAAGAUGAUGCACUUAUCGAAGAUUGGAUCAGAGAUAAUCUGAAUACAACAUGGCACUCGUUAGGAACAUGUGCAAUGAAGCCGAAAGAAAAAGGGGGUGUGGUAGACAAAUAUCUAAAUGUGUACGGGACGCAGGGAUUGAAGAUUUGUGACUUAAGUAUGGUUCCGGAGAAUGUGGGUGCAAAUACCAAUAAUACUGCUUUAGCAGUUGGCGAGAAGGCAGCUGUUAUUAUUGGGAAGGAGUUGGGGAUCGAGGUUUGA